AUGCUCGAUCUCAGUCGGUAUGAAUGGAACAUCAGCGCUUCCAUGUUGAGGUGGUUGUCUAAUGCCAGUAAUCUUGAACACCUCGAUAUAUCUGAAUGCUGGAUGACGGUGUUUGAUGCUGAGGCGCUUUCAGUUGCUUUGGGAGCUCUGCAUAAUUUGAGGAAGCUAGUUUUGGUCGAAACUCGAAUAGCAGGACAAUUUUCUACAAUUCUGAAGAAUGUUAGCAGAAUGUUGCAACAUUUAGAUUUGCAAUGGAAUUUCUUCUCAUCUGGAGAAAUUUCAACAAUUUUGUCGAUCCUUCCGUGCCAACUGGAGUUCUUAGCUUUAGACGGUAAUAACAUCUAUGGGAGAAUCCCAGAGAUGUUAGGGAAUUACACAAGCUUGAGACACUUGAGUAUGUUCUACACUCGAAUAACUGGAGAAAUUCCAAGAACAAUAGGGAAACUUAUCCAUUUGGAGCAUCUUGAUUUGUCUAUAAAUGAUAUAACAGGAGAGAUGCCAUUGAACGUAGGAAACCUUACAAACUUGGAAGAGCUAUAUUUGAGCGAAACCAACAUCACAGGAUCGAUACCAGAGAGUCUUGGUAAUGUUAUUUCCUUGAAGUAUUUGAAUUUGUUGGGAAAUAAGAUUACUGGAGAAAUACCAAAAACUUUGGGGAGUCUUCAAAAUAUGCUACAAUUAGAUUUACACGGCAACUUUCUCACUGGACAAAUACCAACAACGAUUGCCAGAAUUUCCAAUCUGUGUUAUUUGGAUGUAUCAGAGAACCACUUAACUGGAGAAAUACCAACAACGAUUGACAGAAUUUCUAACCUGAGUUAUUUGGAUGUAUCAAAUAACUACUUAACUGGAGAAAUACCAACAACUAUUGGUAGAAUUUCCAACUUGUGGUAUUUGGAUGUAUCAGAGAACAACUUAAUUGGAGAAAUACCAAAGACUUUUGGCCGCCUAUGCAACCUAUGGAUGCUAGAUCUGUCAUUAAACAAUAUCAUCGGAGAGUUAGCAAAUCUACUUGAUGGCUUAUCUAAUUGUCCACAAGGAGCAGCGUUAUCAUACUUAAGCAUUGCCGACAAUAAUAUGAGUGGAAGUAUUCCAUCCAACCUUGAACUGUUAGCUCACUUACAGGAACUGGACCUCUCCUCAAAUUCUCUACAAGGACAUUUCAGGGCUAUGUUUCAAGAUUAUACCAAUUCUAAACCAUGCCAUGAUAAUAAUCUUCAAUGUGCAAUGGGACCUAUGGGCUCUUAUAGAUCAAAGGAUAAGAUCCUAAUAACUGCCAAAGGAUCAACCUAUGAAUACAUUAUAAUUCUCUCCCUCGUGACCAGCAUAGACCUAUCGCAUAAUAAUCUUUCUGGUGAAAUCCCAAACGAGCUAAUGAUGCUUCGUGAUUUGCACUUCCUAAGCUUGUCCAACAAUCACUUGACCGGUACAAUUCCUGAAAACAUUGCCGUUUUGACAGAGUUAUUUUCUCUUGACUUGUCAAUGAACAAUCUCACUGGCACAAUUCCCUCCAACUUAUCUGCUCUAAACUUUCUCAGUCACUUGAAUCUCUCUUUCAAUAACUUGUCCGGAAGAAUCCCAACCGGGAAUCAAUUUUUAACCUUCGAUGACCCUGCGAUAUACGCUGGCAACAAGGACCUUUGUGGUUGGCCACUACCCGAGUGUCCUAGUGAUGAAGCCCAGCGAGGUCCACUUCAUGCAAGAGAUGAUGAUGAUGGUAAUGGCAGCAAGCUUGAAAAAGUUCUGGAUUAUGCCUUCAUUGCUAUGGGAUUUAUAGUCGGAUUUUGGGCAUAUUGGGGCGCAAUGAUCAUGAAAAAGUCCAUCAGAAUUGCUCUCUUCCAGAUGGUGGACAGGAUUUAUGACUAUGUGCAACUCGCAGUGAAGUUUGGAAGGUGA